GAAAGAUAACUGCAAAAUCCGCCUCCUCGUCGUAGUUUUUUGUUUACAUUUUGAGAUUUCAUGAUGUUUGUUACAGUACUUUAUUAAUGGUUUGAAGUUGUAUAAUAUCAAUCAUGGCUAGUGGAAAGUCUGAGAUAUUAUGGUCACCUGUGGAUCCAACAGAAUUUAUAACAUAUGGUUCAGAGAUAACCCUGUAUCGAGUUGAAGAUGAUAUAGCACAAUGUCAUUUAGAACAACACAAUAAAGUGCGACAGAUAUCUGAUAGUACUUAUGCUGUUCAUGUAGCUUCUAAUACAGAUGUAGCUCUUAUAAAGUGUGUAUCAUGGUAUCCAAAAACAGAUAAGAAGAAUUUAUUAGCGGUUGGUCAAGCUAAUGGUCAUGUGGUCUUAACUAGUAUUGGGAAUACAACAUCAUCCAGUGAGUUUGUAGGAAAAGAAUUUGCUGCCAAGCAUGCAAGAACAUCGUGUAAUUAUGUUUCUUGGAACCCUAAAGAUACACAUUUGUUGGCUGAAGGUUUAGAAAAACAUAGAAAUGAUUCUUGUAUAGCUAUAUGGGAUAUUAAUAGCAGUGUUAUGUCAGAGAGUAUGUGGGCAUCAUCAUCACGACUAAGUUACAGUGAAUCAUCCAUUAUUAACAAACCAUAUCAAGAAAUAGGUUAUUCUGAGUCCAGUUCUUCCUUUUCCUGGUUUUAUUCAAGUCCUAAAACAUUUAUAACGGGCAUGAAUAAUAGACAACUGCGUAUUUACGAUUUAAGAGAUGGAUCUAAACCUGUAAAAUUAACAUCACAUAAAAGUGUACAUGGUGUUUGUAUUGAUCCAAAGUUUGAAGAUAGAAUAGCUUCAUUUGGAGAUGCAUUUAUUUCUGUAUGGGAUCUCAGAAACUUUGAUAAACCUAUUGUAACAUUACAACAGAAUAAACAUGUUCUAAAAAUAAACUGGUGUCCUGCCAGAAAUGGUAUGUUAUCAGUAUUAUGUAAAGACAGUCCAGUUGUUAGUAUGUAUGAUAUAGAACAUUCCGUAUUAGGGUCUGAUGAUAUAGAACCGGUUAUUAGAGAAAGAAAUAUAGAAUCUAAAAUGCAGAGACAAUAUGUUUCAUCAUUUGCUUGGCAUCCAACAAAAGAAAAUCGUUUACUGACGUUUGUGUCACCAGAUACUAUAAAUGAAAUAACAGUAUUUGACAAGAUGACUAUGCAAUGGUCAGCAUUAUUUAAACUAACAUUAGCCAGUGGUCAAAAAGUUGUAGAAUAUAAUAUUACUAAUGAAGAGUAUUUAGACGAUAUAUCAUUUAAGAUGAGACGAAGAAUCAAGAAAGCCUAUGGUGAAUUUACCGAAAAUGUGUUAGAGAAUGCUCGAACUGUGUCUGAUGAACCAGAACUACGAGGUGUAUGGGAAUGGAUAAACUCUGUACGACUUAAAAAUAGUCUUGAGAAUAGAAACAAUGUAAGUGAAUUUCAGGGAGUUAAAGGAUUAUUAAAGAUGACUGAUAAUACAGAUUAUCCGUUACGAAGUAAUUGUGAAAUAUGUGGCUGGGAAGAUACAGAUGAACAAACGUUAACAGUCCGAGUAUAUGAUAGUGAAGAAAGGUCCCAGGCUUUAGAACUGUGUGGUUGGGGAAGAAAUGACAACCUUAAAGCUCGUACAAAUUAUAUGGAAUAUUCUUUUAGAAGUGGUAAUUGUGCUAAAGCUGCUGCCAUUGCUCUGUUUAGUAGACGGAUAAAGAAAGCCUUAGAUUUUCUGAGUAUAUCACAAGAAGAUGGUAGUGCUACUUUAAAAACUGUUGCCAUAGCGAUAGCUGGAGUAACAGAUAGAAGUGCUUUAUGGAAGAAAACUUGUAAUGAAUUAAGACAUGAUUUAAAACAUCCCUAUUUACGUGCUAUCUUUGCUUUCUUAGUGGAUGAUAACAAUGACUUUACUGACAUAUUGAAUGAUGAAGAAAUAGAAGUUAAAGAUAGAGUAGCAUUUGCUUGUACAUAUCUUACUGAUGAUAAGGUGCAGAAAUAUUUUGAAGAUCUGUCCAAUAAACUGAAAGUAAUUGGUGAUUUGAAUGGUUUACUGUUAACAGGUUUUACAAGUGAGGGAGUAGAUUUAUUAGGGAGGUAUGUAGAUUGUUCAGAUGAUGUACAGACAGCUGCUUUGAUAUCUAUUUAUUGUUGUCCUAAUACAUUAGAUAAAUCAGAGUUAUCUAAAGUAUCUAUGUGGAUUGAUGGAUAUAGAGCCUUGUUAGACCAAUGGAAAUUUUACAAUAUCAGAGCGAAAUUUGAUAUAAUUAGAAAUAAAUUUGAUUUAUCUGUCAGACCAGCACCUCAAGUACAUGUACGUUGUAAUUUUUGCGGCAAGUCAAUCAACAAUACAUCUGCUAUGCAGAUGCCCCGAUCACGUUUACCACCUGGAGUAAGCAGUCAUGCUAUUCAUAAACCUAAGACUUGUCCAAAUUGUCGGAAGUCUUUACCAAGAUGUUCAGUGUGUUUAAAUAAUUUAGGAACAGCAUCAGGAAUGGGAAAUCUGCAACACAGAGGAUUACAAAGUAAAUUAACACCUAUAUCUGAUUGGUUUACAUGGUGUCAAUCAUGUCGUCAUGGUGGUCACGCUGCUCACAUAUCAACUUGGUUCAGAGAACAUUCAGAGUGUCCAGUGACAGCUUGUUCCUGUAAAUGUAUGAUAGAUUCCAAAAAUGACUGACUUCCAAACAUAUAACUAGUCUAACAACUAGUCAUAUUAAUAUUUUUAAAAAAAGCAGACAACAGGGCUUUCUUUACAGUCAUAUUUACCUGCUUAGACUGACUGGCAAUAAAUUGUAACGGCCCGCACAUACUCUUUUCUCCAGGUUAUUGCGGCCCCUGGACCCUUGCCUAUAAGGACCUAGAAUGGACGCCCCCAAUCAAGAAUUGCUUCUGCCGGCCCUGUUGUAUGACUGGAGAAUUUGACGUCCUUCAAAUUAAAUGCCAUAAAAUUAGAAAUUUAACCUUAAAAUACAAUAGAUACAGUUAAAUCAGUUUCUACAUGUAAAAACACUUUCAAAUCUAUAUAAAAUUAAAUAAAAAAUUGGGAAUAGACUAAAAAAUUGUUACAUUCUUCAGAAAAAAAUAUCAUGCUAAUUCAUCAUAAACAAAAUUGCAGUAUAUCAAAAAUUGACUGACUGGAAUAAUUUAGAAGAGUAUGCUCUGAUAGGUACGCAUGGUCAAAUUUGAAGAAAAUUUAAAAUUUGGAUAAUUUGGGUGUGAUGAGGAUUCUUGAUAUUAUUAAAAGAGUAUAGAGUUUGUAAACUAAUGAGAUGGUGGUACAGACAUUUUGAUCAAACUUAGUGCAUGUACAUAUAUCUCUACACGGCAUGUAAAUGAAAAAGUGUUACUGUUUGUUUUUAUACCUUUCUUGCGAAAUGUUAAAAUCUGUGAAUAGAUUGUACAAGAUAAUGAAUUUGAGUGUGUGGUUAUAUACUGGGAUAUAUUUUGUUAAGACAUGUAUAUGUAAACAUUUUUGUUAAUAUACAAUUAUGUAUAUAAAUAAUUAUAUUACUAAUUAUUAGUGUGUAUAUAAUAAUAUAUGUAUAUCUAAAUCAAGCUUCCAUUUUUAUACAGCCUUGGUUAAUGGCAUCCUUUACACAAAGGGGUGGCAGGGUCGAGUGGGGUAAUUUAAAUCAUAAGCUCUCAUUUGAGUCCAGUGGCGUGAUUUCAAUCGGCAGAUUUACGCAAUGGCAGCGUUAUCAUCAGAUCUUUCUCCAGUUCCUCUGUAUUCCUCUGCUGCUAUCCCUACGAGCAAGCAAAUUAUUAUUCAUAAAAUGACCUCUCUCUGUCCUGUCUUUAUAUCUCUAUCCUCCACCUCCCAAACCCCUCUCUCCACAAUUGUAAAUAAUCUACAGGAUAGAGUUUUUCUCUCGCUGUCUAACUCCCCCCUGCCCCCUUCAAUAAUUCCUUGCAAACACUCUACAGGGUUAGAGUUUUGGAAAUCCUCACUUUAGAACUUGGCUGUAUUUAGGGUGUAGAUAGAUGUAUUAUAAUUAUUAUUUUGUUAAAAUGGAUAGCUUAUAUUAAUUGUUAUAUACUGAUUAUUAAUCAGUUAUUUUAUAUGUAAAAUUGGAUGUGAAACAUGCUAAAUAUAAUGAAUGGCCUGAAAUAAAUUUGUUGAAGUUUCA